AGAGCUGUCGGCCAUUUUGUGUCGAAUCUCUGGCGUAGUUAGAUGCUGUUUUGCAUUGAAAUAGAUAUUUAUUUUCAGGUGUCUAUUUAUUGAAAUUAGCCGUUUACAGUUUCUUCUGGAGAAACUCUCGAAAUACCGAAGGAAGAUUUGCUAUUAAAUUCCAAUUUGUGCUUCUGGUUUUCGUUUUCUGGAUCAUCUGUUACUUCGCUGCUGUAAUAUGAGGGGAAGUUUUAUGGAUCGCGACCGAGGCGGCCCUGGUGGCUCCCGUUUCCCGAAGUUUGGCAAUCCAGGAGAGCGUCUCCGCAAAAAAAGAUGGGAUUUAAAUGAACUUCCAAAAUUUGAAAAGAACUUCUAUACAGAACACCCAGAAGUAGCACGCAUGACUCCACAUGAGGUAGAGGAGCUUUGCAGGAAGAAGGAAAUUACAGUACGAGGAGCAAAUUGCCCCAAGCCUGUUUAUACUUUUGCUCAAGCUAGUUUUCCACAGUACGUUAUGGAUGUUCUAAUGGAUCAACGUUUUAAGGAACCUACCCCCAUUCAGUGUCAGGGAUUUCCUCUUGCUCUCAGUGGUCGGGAUAUGGUGGGCAUUGCCCAGACUGGAUCUGGAAAGACUUUGGCGUAUCUUCUGCCUGCCAUGGUACACAUCAACCAUCAGCCUUACCUGGAGCGUGGGGAUGGACCAAUUUGUCUAGUUCUGGCUCCAACUAGAGAGCUGGCUCAGCAAGUGCAACAAGUGGCAGAUGAUUAUGGAAAAUCAUCUCGUUUAAAAAGUACCUGUAUUUAUGGAGGAGCUCCUAAGGGUCCACAAAUACGUGAUUUGGAGAGAGGUGUAGAAAUAUGCAUUGCAACUCCAGGACGACUUAUUGACUUUCUUGAGGCAGGGAAGACCAAUCUGAGGCGCUGUACUUACUUGGUGCUAGAUGAAGCUGACCGAAUGCUUGACAUGGGUUUUGAGCCUCAAAUCCGCAAGAUUGUUGACCAAAUCAGGCCUGACAGACAAACGCUCAUGUGGAGCGCUACAUGGCCAAAAGAAGUCCGUCAGUUAGCAGAAGACUUCCUGCGAGAUUAUGUCCAGAUUAACGUGGGGAAUUUAGAGCUUUCUGCUAAUCACAACAUUCUUCAGAUCGUUGAUGUGUGCCAGGAAAGUGAGAAAGAUCACAAGCUGAUCCAACUUAUGGAAGAAAUAAUGGCAGAAAAAGAGAAUAAAACUAUUAUCUUUGUGGAAACAAAACGUCGGUGUGAUGAUUUGACCCGCAGAAUGAGACGUGAUGGGUGGCCUGCAAUGUGCAUCCAUGGCGACAAGAGCCAGCAGGAGCGUGAUUGGGUUUUAAAUGAGUUCCGCACUGGAAAGGCUCCUAUUCUCAUUGCUACAGAUGUUGCAUCUCGGGGUUUAGAUGUGGAAGAUGUGAAGUUCGUCAUAAACUAUGACUACCCAAACAGUUCUGAGGACUACGUUCAUCGCAUUGGACGCACAGCCCGUAGCACAAACAAGGGCACUGCCUACACGUUCUUUACUCCUGGAAACCUCAAACAAGCCCGUGAGUUGGUAAAAGUACUAGAGGAAGCUAACCAAACCAUCAACCCCAAGCUUAUGCAGCUAGUGGACCACGGCCGUGGUGGUGGUGGAGGUGGCCGCUCUAGGUACAGAAGCAUCCCUACAAACAACAAUCCUAACAUGAUGUAUCAAGAAGAGUGUGAUAGAAGAAUGCGCGGCAAAGAUGGUGGCCGUCAUGAUGGGAGAAGCAACAACCGUGAUAACGGAAUGCCAAACAAUGGAGCUGGUAGAGACCAGGGCAGGCAGAAUUACUCUUAUGUGGCACAGAGCACAAAUUUUCAACCUAAUCAGUAUGGCUACGGGCAGGGCGUCUUUACGGCAGCGACAGGGGGCAGCUAUGGUGCUGCUGCAUACGGCCAAGCACCACAGCCACUAAUGUCCCAGCAGUUCGCUCCACCUGCAACCUCUAGCUUGCUGAACUAUAUGAAUCAGGCUCCAACCUACCAGUAUCCACCACCCCCACCCCCACCCCCUCCUUCUCGCAAGUAAGCCUUCCUCUGAGCUAACUUUGUAAUUUUGAGCUGGUUUUAGUUUUAUGAACCUGUGUUCCAUUAUUCCAUUUUCUAAAAUAUGAAGUUGCCCUGAAGUUAAGUUCAGGGGAACUUAAUUUUCUGUUGGCAGUGGCCAACAGCUGGUAGACUAAUUCAUCUAUCCAAAGACGUGUGUGUCUUUGGUCUGUGUGUAUAUAAAUUUCCAUAUAACUAUUUUUUUUUUUAAGAUUUUGAACGAAUUAACAGGUAGGUAAUAUUCAUACCAUACA